CAGGGAAGAAAGAGAGCUCUUUUGAUUGGUAUUAAUUACUUUGGGAGCAAGAACGAACUCAAGGGAUGUAUCAAUGAUGUCCAGAAUUUGAAAGAAUUCUUAAUUUCACUCUAUGGUUUCAAAGAGGAGGAUAUGGUUAUCUUGACAGAUGAUAAAACAGAUGAGCGGUUUAUUCCUACCAAACAGAACAUUAUCUCUGGUAUGCAAUGGCUUGUCAGAGAUGCUCGUCCCAAUGACUCGUUCUUCUUCCACUAUAGCGGUCACGGUGGAAGUGUUGAAGAUACUGAUGGUGAUGAGGAUGAUGGUUGCGAUGAGACAAUUUACCCUGUAGAUCAUCAAAUGUACCCUGGAGAGACUGGCCAGAUUAUUGAUGAUGAAAUGCACGAGUUGUUGGUUCGUCCUCUCCCAUCUGGUUGUCGUUUGACAGCCAUCUUUGACAGCUGUCACUCUGGAACUGCCCUGGAUCUUCCCUAUGUAUAUUCUACUCAGGGUGUCAUUAAGGAACAGAACCUUUUUAAAACUGCUGGUAGCGGACUGUUGAAUGCAGGCAUGGCAUAUGCUAGCGGAAAUGUUUCUGGAGCUUUGUCUUCUUUCAUGUCUCUUGGUAGCAAGAUUAUGAAGAGCAAGUCCGCAAACGAGAACGUGAAACAGGCAAAGAGCUCUACAGCCGAUGUUAUCAUGUUCUCCGGCUGUAAAGAUGAACAGACUUCUGCCGAUGCAUUCGAAGCAGGCAGAAGCACAGGCGCUAUGAGUUAUGCUUUUACAACUGCUUUACGACAGAAUCGUCAGCAAUCAUUCCUUCAAUUGCUCAAUUCUGUACGAGACAUCUUGCGUGAAAAAUACGAACAGCGUCCCCAACUGUCAGCAUCCCAUCCCAUCGAUGUUAACCUUUUGUUUAUCCUAUAA